AUGGCGGGCUUUUGGAGCUACCUCUUUGACGACGACCUCGACCUCGGGCCCUUCGUCGACGCGGCAGGUCGUCCUGCAACCUUGGCCGAUCUCAACGAGAUCGUACUCGUGCUCUUCUCUGCCUACUGGUGCCCGCCAUGCCGGGCUUUCACGCCGUCGGUGCUCCAGUUUCUCCAAGCCAAUCCGAACGAGGUCUCGGUCAUUUAUUUUGGCCGCGACCACAACGCCAACAUGCAGCGAUUCUAUAACCGGCACAAGCCGUACUACCGCUUGGAGUGGUGCGAGACCAACUCGGCAGCGUUUCAAGCCAUCAAGGCUGCGUAUCCGUCCAUCCAGGGCAUCCCGACAGCGUUCGCAGUCGAGCGUGAUUCGGGCAUGGUCUUUUCGGAGCGCGCGCGCAUCGGCGUGCUCCUCCAGCCCGACACGAUCUUGAGCCUCUGGCGUGCCGGCGACGACAUUUCCGAGGCCGACGAAGAAGCCUACUGGCUGCGCGACGAGCCGGUCGCCGACCAUAACGAGAAGGUGGACGUGAUAGCUUACCUUCCGCUGGAGACGCUCGUGACAGCGCAUGGCGAUCCCAUUGAUUACGACGCGCUCCACACGUUUGUACUGCUCUAUUUUAGCGCGAGCUGGGCGUCGAGCGACGAGCUCACGCGCUCGAUCGAGGAGUUUGCGGCCGCCAACGCCGACGACGUCUCGGUCGUCUUUUUCAGUUUGGACGACGAGCCGAACGACAACGAGACGAUCAAACAUAUGUCGUUUCAUCGGUUUACGUACAGCAGUCAUUUAAUCGAGGCGGCCGACGCAAUCGACAAGGCACUGUCGGCGCACGACGCCUACAACACGCUGGGCGCGCCGCGACUGCUCGUGAUCGAGCGAGCGUCGCAUGCGAUAGUGGCCGCGGAUCAUUAUGGUCUCGUCAUCAAGCCCGACGACGUCGUGUCGGCGUGGAAGGCGGGAGACGCCGGUGUGACGGACGACGAAGUGGACGCGUAUUUUGACCAGCGGUAGUCGUCACGACGAGUGCGAAAUAUGUGUUUUGUUCAAUAAAUUAC